AUGGAUGAAUUAAAUAUAUUUUCUAAUAAAUAUCAUCUAAGAUGUGAAUAUACAGGAUUAACAUAUUGUACAUGUUAUGAAGGUUCUAAAUCUUAUUCAUUUCAUAAAAUUGAUGAUUUUGAAUCACUAUCUCAAAGUAUUUUACCUUCUACAAAUUUUAUACAUCUAUUAAAAUUAUUAGCAGAAUAUUCUGAUAUUCGUACAAAUCCUAAAAUUGAAUAUCUUAAAAAAGUAAAAUUAACUGUAGAACGAGAAAGAAAUAAUUUUAAUGAAAGGUAUACUCAAGAAUUAAAGCGUAAAUAUCAAAUGGACAUGAAUAAGAGAAUUGAAACAAGUAUAUCUAAAUGCUAUAAAUGUAUGAACAAUCCAUUUAGAAGUAAUAAUACAGAGGAUUUUAUAGAAUGUAGUAUAUGUAAAAAAAGUUAUCAUCUAACUUGUUGUGAUCCAAUAAUUGAAAAAGUUAGUAUAAAUAACUCUAAAUGGAUCUGUUCAGAUUGUAAUGGUUGUAUUGUUUGUAGAAAAAGUGGUCGUGAAGAUUAUCAAGUAUUAUGUGAUGUUUGUAAUAGAGCAUUUCAUAUUUAUUGCUUAUAUCCUACUUUAGAUUCUGUACCUCAAGGGAUUUGGAUAUGUGAUGAUUGUUAUGUUUGUGCAUUUUGUCAGGGUAAUAUUAAAUAUAAUAUUGAGGAUAAAAUUGAAGAAGAUACUUCAUAUUUGAGGUUUAUAGAUAAACGUUUUAAUGUUCGUAUAUGUAUCAAUUGUCGUGAAAAGAAUUCAGAUAAAAUUUUAGAAUGUAUUGUAUGUGGUGAUAUAUUAGAACCUUCAAAUAAUUAUAUCUGUUCACAUUGCCGAUUACCAGUACAUAGUAAAUGUUUUAACAAACAAUUAUGUAAUCUUUGUAAUAGUAAUGUUUAUAUUUAA